GCAAGUACAGAAGAGGAGCGGGUCGUGGCUGAUCAAGUGCAGAGGUAAUCGACAUUGUGUUGUUUAGAGUGCUGCUGUCACAAUGAACCGCGAGCUCGAUGGGCUGCUGGACAAACUGUCAAGUAUCAACCAGGAAAUGGGUGGAGACGAUGGCAAGAGCAAGAAGAAGGACAAGAAAGGCGAUCAAUUCCACGACCUCAAGACAAAGAUCGGAGAGCGACUGCACCAUCUCAAGACGACCCUGCAAGAUAAUGACGCAGCGGCUACCAAGAGAGGGAAACAUCCCCGCGAAGCUAUCCGACGACAGCAGGAGAUUCGAGAGGAGAUUCGGCUCGUCGGUGUCGACAUCAAGGACCUCACAGCCAGCUACGACCUCGAAGUGAAAAAGAAAAAGAGCAAAUUUUCACCAGAGGAAUUAGCCAUGCGGAAGGAGAUUGUGACGCAAUACUGGGCAGAAUACGAGCGCAUCAAAGAGCUUGCAGCAGCGAACUACCGCUCCCCAGCAGGUCGACCAGCGUUCGAUACUGGCGGCGUUGCAGCGCCUAUCGGAUCAUUUGAGAAUGGCGCCUUCACUGCACGGACAAGGCCUGGUGGACCAGUUUUCGGCGGUUUGGGUGGUGCCGGCGGUGCUGGAGGAGGAGGUGACGGCCCAAUCGAGCGAGAAGUGGUCACUGAUGACCAGCGUGCCAUCCUCGCAGACAUUCAACGCAAUGAUCAGCGCUUUGAUAAUAUUAUUGAGCAGAUUGGAACGGGGGUUCAGGAACUAGGCCAGCAGGCUCGGAUGUUGAACGAAGAACUGCAGCAGCAGGCCAUCAUGAUCGAUGGUCUGGGAGAGCGAAUCGAUAACACUCAAGCACACGUGGAAAGCGUCAACAAAAAGAUGAAAGAAACCCUCACAAAAGUCGGUCGUGGCCCAGACAAGUGCAUGAUGGACAUGAUCUGUCUUAUCCUGCUGCUUGGGAUCUUGGCUGUGGUCUACAACAUGUUCAUCAAGAAGGAUUCCAGCAGCACAAGUGCGACCUCGUCAUCAUGA